AUGGUGCAUCCCAACACCACCCCGGCGCAACUCUCCUCUAUAUUACGGAAAUGCGCCGCUGCUUCUGUUCUAGGAUCAGGGAAGCAAGCCCAUCGACAUGCCCUCGUCUCCGGCCUCAUCCCUCACUCCACCCUCGAGACCGACCUCCUCCUCAUGUACGCGCGCUGCGGCCGCCUCCUCAUCGCCCGCCAAGUGUUCGACCGUAUGCCUCAUCGCCCUCUUCACUCCUGGAACAUCCUCCUCUCUUCCUACGCGCAAUCCUCUCUCUUCCACCAUUCCCUCGCUCUCCUCCACCCCUUACUUGCCUCCGGUCUCCGUCCUGAUCACUUCACUUUACCUUCCCUUCUCAAAGCCUCCGCUGGUCUCGACCAUGGCCGCACAGGGGCCGCACUCCAUGCGCUUGCCGUCGAAAUGGCUCUCAACGUCCACCUUAUCGUCAGCGGUUGUAUUGUCGACAUGUAUUUGAAAUGCGGGUGGUUGGUCGAUGCCCGAAAGAUGUUCGAAGAAAUGCCCGAGAAAGAUGGAGUUGUUUGGAAUGCCAUGGUUACCGGAUUUACAAAAGCCGGAUUGCUCGCUGAGGCGUUCAAUUUAUUCCAGAAGUCUCAGUUCGAAGCAGGUGAUGCGGAUUGGAUGGCGCUCCCGAGCGUGCUCAGUGCCUGCAGCCAGAGUGGAGAUUUGAGGAAAGGGAAGGAGGUUCAUGGCAGAGCAAUCAGGUGUUUGGUAUUGGAAUCUGAUGCCGUACUUAGCAAUUCAUUGAUCGAUAUGUAUUCCAAAUGCGGAUUCUUGGAUGCUUCCCUCCACCUCUUUUCGCGAAUGCGAGUCAGAAAUCUCGUAACCUGGUCGAUCUUGAUAUCAGGUUACGGCAUGCACGGUCGAGGAAAGGAGGCUCUGAGGCUCUACGAGGAGAUGAGAAGAGAAGGAUUGGAGCCCAAUUCCGUUCUAUUCACUUCGGUGCUGUCGAGCUGCAGUCAUUCUGGUCUCAUCGAUGAAGGGCGUGCAGCAUUCGUUUCAAUAAACAGAGUGUACGGUUUGGAGCCGAGCGUCGAGCACUAUGCUUGCAUGGUGGACCUUCUCGGUCGCCACGGGAGAUUUGUGGAGGCGCUUGAAUUUAUUGGGAGGAUGGAGAUGGAACCGGCGGGAAGCAUUUGGGGGGCGUUACUUGGUGCGUGUGCGGUGCACCAGAAUGUUGAGGUUGGGGAGAUUGCAGCAAGAAAGUUGUUUGAAUUGGAGCCGGGGAAUCCGAGCAACUGUGUGGCGCUCUGCAGCAUCUAUGAGAGGGCUGGGAAUUGGGAUGGUGUGGCUGAAAUGAGGAGGAAGAUGAGGGAUUUGGUGGCGGUUAAGACACCAGGAUGCAGUUGGAUUGAAGUGAAUGGUGAAAGGCUUUGUUUCUACCAAGGAGAUGUUUCUUCCCCAUCUUCCAAGUUGAUGUUGCAGGCGCUAAGGGGCUUAUUAGGUUAG